AUGGACAGCAGGGGAACGUCUUUCCAACUUUUAUGUGCCAGGGGUGUAGCAGGGUUUGCUUCCCCAGUGAGUGUUGGGAAUGGCGGGCGUUGGAAAUUAAACACAGAGAUCAUCUUACAGCUGGUGGUGGAGGUCUGGCGGUGCCGGGAGCUGCAAGAAGCCGCGCGGGGCUCGGUGCGGGGAGCGGCGCGGUCCCGGCCCUGCGCGGGACUCGAACCCGCGGACCCGGCCCGGCCCCGCCCCGCGCACGUGGCCCGGGGUCCUCGCUACGGGCUGCCCGCGGCGAACGCCGGGCGCGGUGCGGGCGGUGACAUUGAGCGCGCAGCGAUGGCCAAGGCGGCGCAGGGGCUGGUGCAGCGGCUGGUGCAGCGCGGGCCCGAGCUCCUCGGCGCCGCCGUGACCUACUCGAAGCCGCGCUUGGCCACGUUCUGGUACUACGCCAAGGUGGAGCUGGCCCCGCCGACCCCCGCCGAGAUUCCGCGGGCCAUCGACAGCAUGAAGGGCCUGGUCAGGGCCUUCCAGAGCGGCCGCCUGGCGCAGCUCACCGUCAAGGAUGCACUGAGGAAUGGCCUGGUGGCCACAGAGGUGCUGAUGUGGUUUUACAUCGGGGAGAUCAUCGGCAAGGGCGGCAUCAUCGGCUACAAUGUGUGAGCCCUCACCUCAGCAGUGGCAGCUGUGCCACCCUGCUGGCUCUGUAACAGGGUCUGCAACAAUAAAACUGGGAGCCUGUA